AUGUCGAGACGGUACGAUUCUCGUACGACCAUCUUCUCGCCCGAGGGCCGGCUGUACCAGGUCGAGUACGCCCUGGAGGCCAUCUCGCACGCCGGCACAGCGAUUGGCAUCCUGGCCAAGGACGGCAUCGUGCUGGCGGCAGAGAGAAAGGUGACGUCCAAGUUAUUAGAGCAGGACACGUCGGCCGAGAAGCUGUACAUUCUCAACGACAACAUGAUCUGCGCUGUCGCGGGCAUGACGGCCGACGCCAACAUCCUGAUCAACUACGCGCGGCAAGCGGCGCAGCGCUACCUCCUCACCUACAACACAGACAUUCCUUGCGAGCAGCUGGUGCGCCGGCUAUGCGACCUGAAGCAGGGCUACACGCAGCACGGUGGCCUGCGGCCGUUUGGCGUGUCCUUCAUCUACGCCGGCUGGGACCCGCAGCGGCAGUUCCAGCUGUACCUGUCGAACCCGUCGGGCAACUACGGCGGAUGGAAGGCGACGAGCGCGGGCGCGAACAAUGCGAGCGCGCAGAGCCUGCUGAAGCAGGACUACAAGGAGGACUGCACGCUCAAGGAGGCGUGCGGGAUGGCGGUCAAGGUGCUGAGCAAGACCAUGGACUCGACGAAGCUGAGCAGCGAGAAGAUCGAAUUCGCAACGGUCGGCCAGACCAAAGACGGCAAGAUCUACCACCGGCUGUGGAGUGCAGACGAGAUCACGGCGCUGCUCAAGGAGCACGACCUGGCGAAAGAGGAGAGCACCGACGACAAGUAG